UGCGGAGGAGCAUGGCAGAAUUUAGUUUAGGAGUGUCAUCAAAAAGAAUGAAAGUGUUGUACUCGUUGACAUUUCUUUGAAGACUAUUAACACUCAAUCCUGUUACAGACUUCUUACAGAUUAUGUUUUUGUAAUCACAUUGGAAGAAGACAACGAGUCCCUGUGUUUAUCUCCGUGCUGUACUGUCCUGUGAAAGCCAACCAGAGCCGGCAUGGCUGGAGUGGGAGCAAAGCGAGAGGGACCACAGUUCAUCAGUGAAGUGUCCGUGAGGGGUAACGCCGCCGUGCUGGACUACUGUCGCACCUCAGUGUCCGCCCUGUCCGGAGCAACAGCAGGCAUCCUCGGUCUGACGGGACUGUAUGGCUUCAUUUUUUACUUCCUGUCCUCGUUUCUGCUCUCUCUGCUGCUCAUACUCAAGGCCGGACGGCGGUGGAGCAAAUGCUUCAAGUCACGGAGGCCACUGUUCACCGGGGGCCUCGUCGGAGGUCUUUUUACUUAUGUCCUGUUCUGGACUUUCCUUUACGGAAUGGUGCACGUUUACUAAAAAGACACACUUCAAAUAAAACCUUAGCUGUCUAUUACUACACAGACCAGUAAUAUUGUUUGCCCUGCUGUUUGUAGAUAGAUUAUUAAUGAAACUUGAUUCUUCCAGGAUUUUCUGUUCAUAUUUGAUAAGAUGUUAAUGCUUACCGUAUACUGCAUUUCCAGCCUACAUUUUAUGUGAUUAUGAACUUAUUUAACUUUAACAUCUUUAUAUUUUGUAUGAUCCAUCCCAGAGUAGGAGUCACAGUUGUUAGAAAGUAGGUUAAAAUGUAACGGACAAAAAACAUGUGGCAUUGCAUUUCAUGUAGUUACUAUAAUAGAAACUUAACAAAUGUGAUAAAUGAUUUAAAAAUACUAAUACAAGUUUAUUAAUUUUUACUGUUACUCAUUAUUCACUACAGCUAUGCUGCCAUAAAGGACAUCAAGACAAACCUGACAUUUGUUUGCAAAAAAAUAAAACUAUGAAUAAACAGUUACAGGAACAACAAAUGGAAAGAGUCCUUGCACCUUAGCAUUCAUUCAUUUACGGUCACUCCUUAAAUCAGCAGUGGUGGCAACAAACCAGUUGUCCACUCACAGGAGGCUCACAGCACGCGACAGACUGCAUUCCACAGAUUUACAUGUAUUGUAAAUAUGACUGUGCUGUAGCAAUGCAUGACAGAUAUGAAAGUCACAAUAAAUUCAACAUGCAGUAGGAAACACUGCAGCAGUUUAACAAUAGGUAGGUACAGGAUGUGCCAAUUUUAAUUUAAAAGGAAAUGUUUGCAUCACGCUGUAGUCUGCACAAUGAAAAACAAACUGAUUUAUUCUUAAACUUUUCAGAUUUUAAUAUCUCUUCGAAAUGUAAAUACACCACUGGAAGUUACUCCUAAUUCAUCUACUCAACAGCCAGCUAGUACUGAUUACAUGAGCAGUAGGUGACUGCUCAGUCAUUUUGUUGUACACUUAAAAAACAAUGGUAUCAUUUAUUAAAAAUCCACCUGUCAA